AUGGAGGUUCAAACUGGUCUCAGCCAUGGCACUAUCCAUCGAAUAAUAUUCGAUCAUCUGAAUUUGAAGAAACUCACUGCUCGUUACAUACCUAAGCAGCUGACUGAUUCACAAAAGGCUGAACGAGUUCGAAUAUGCAAAGAAAAUUUAGAAAAAUUCGAAUCAAGUGCAUGGAGAUUAUGUGAUGUUAUAACAGGUGAUGAAUCAUGGUUUUGCCAUAAGCACAUUGGUCGAAAGUUGCCCAAUUCUGCUUGGGCUUCAAGAAAUGAUCCUCCACCUACAGUAGUACGACAAAGUCCUUAUGCCCCAAAAACCUUAAUGAGCAUCUUUUUUAAAUCAACUGGUCCUGUUUUUAUUCAUCAUGUAGAACGGGGGCAGACUAUCGACCAUCGGUACUACAUCGAUAAUUGUUUAGAACCUCUUAUUGAUAACAUCAAAAGACAACGUCCUACUUGUGGUGUCCAGGGUAUCAAACUUCAUUACGAUAAUGAGCGACCACAUGUUCAUAAGGAAGCAUCAAAUUAUCUUGAAUCGGAAGGUAUUACAAUAAUCAAACAUCCACCUUAUUCUCCAGAUUUGGCACCGUGUGAUUUUUGGCUGUUCGAUUUUAUCAAACAAAAUAUGCCCGAUCAAAGUGAUUCAGAAUCGUUACAUCAGGCUGUAUCCGACUUCAUGAACUCCUUAAAUAAAGAAGAAUACAGAAAAACAUUCGAUAAAUGGAUUCAACGUAUGCGCUUAUGCGUGGAUAAUCGGCGCGAUUACUUCGAACAUUUGAUGAAAUAA